AGUAAUUUCUGUGUUAUAAUCUAGCGUAUGUUGUGUUAUUCUCACUCUUUUGAGAACUAUAAAGAAGCUUUACUCAUAAAAUAGACAUGCGUUAGAGUACGAAAAAAAAAAAUUGAAUUUUAUACAAACACAUAUAUACAUACACUCGUUAAUACAUAUGCAUAAAGGAAUCUUAUUUAAUAAUUGAAUUUGUGAAUAUAAAUUGAAAUAUAAAUGAAUUGAAAAAAAAUUGAAUUAAAUUUUGAAUUUUGCAAUUUAUGAAAUAUUUUACAUAGUGAAUAUAUGACAAAUAUAAUAAUUAUAUAAAAAUAAAGUGGUGUAUCCUUUGGAAUUUAUGCUUUAAUUAAAUUUAGUCAACGGUUUCCUGAUUAUUUAAAUAAACAUUUAAUUAGUACUAUUUAAGUGUAAUGUGCUCCUGUAGAAAAUAAUUUUACAUUUGAUUACAUAUACAAACGUACAUACAUGUAAUUACUGCAUUUUAAAUAAAAAUUGAUUGUCUUUUUUUAUUAAGGAUUUAAAAAAUAAUUAUUGUGAUCCUGCGAUGGAAUCAAAAAUAAAUUUCAACUCCUCAAAAUAAUUAUUAUAAAAGAUAAAUGAAUGCAACUUCAAAACUUUGUACAGAAAGAUUAGAAUUUAAUUGUGUAAUCGGAAAGCAGAAAAUCAAUGUACCUGGGAGUUUGUCUUAUGCAGACAUUUUAGUAUGCACAUAAACUAGAACUAAUUCUUCUUCAAAAUUUUGAAAUAAAGACGACAACGCCUCAUAUUUAUCAUGUCUGCAAGUUCAUGGUGUUGAAAAAUGUGAAUAUGGAACGAUUAAAACAGCAAGAUAUUUUCAAAUUAUUUGUCUUAAUUCUGUUGACAUCUAAUUCAACAUUUGCAUUGGAAUGUUUAGAUGGUUGCAAAUGCUAUUGGAUAGCUGAACUUUUUGAAGCAGAUUGUUCAUAUCGUGAACUUGAACAAUAUCCAAAUAAUUCACAACAGAAUGACAUACGAAUUGAUGCAAUCAAUUUUUCUAAUAAUAAAUUUACUGAAUUUCCAUAUUAUUUAUCAAAAGCUGAAGAUUUUACAUUUAUUGAUUUAACAAAUAAUAGUAUCAAAAGACUUAAGCCAAACACAUUAAAUGGAUUUAAAUCAUUAAGAACUUUAUUUUUAAGUGGAAAUAAUUUUAGUACAUGGAGUGAUAUUAAUCCUAAUACAGCAUUUAAAAAUGCUAAAAAUCUAGAAACAUUAUCUUUAUCCAACAAUCCAAUAACAAGUUUUUCAAAUGUAGAUGAAACUCUUCUUAUUGUAAGUCAUUCGAUUGUAGUUCUUGAUUUAGCCUAUUGUCGCAUUUCAAAAUUAGCUGGGGAGUAUAUGUUAAGUGGAUUAACAGUAUUAGAACGCCUAAUUUUAAAUGGUAACCCUUUAAAAUUAUUAACAUCUUUGAUAUCAGAUACUUUAAAGGUAUACGAUUUAAGCGAUUGUCAAAUUAAAUCAGUUACAAGUGAUGCAUUGGCAUAUUUGCCAAAUUUGAUACAUUUGAAUUUGUCGUAUAAUAGUGGAAUUUCUUUAAAAAAUAAAAAUGGUGAAUUCUUAAUAUCAACAUCAGUGUUAACUUUAGAUCUGUCCAAUUGUAAUUUAGAUGUAGUUGAAACUGGAGGAUUUAGAAAAUUGUCAACUUUAAUAUUUAAUGGAAACUUAUUGAAAAAAUUGAAUCCAUCAUUUUUUGCAAAUAAUUCAUACAUAGAAUAUUUAGAUUUAUCAAGAAAUUCUAUAAAUCACAUUGAUGUCAAGACAUUCAGUAAUCUUCCGUUACUAAAAAAAUUGGACUUAUCUUACAAUGUUAUUUCAAAUAUAGAUGCAAAUUUAUUUGCAAUGAAUGACUUUCUAAUUUUAUUAAAUUUAGAGCAAAAUUUUAUAAGCCGGUUCCAAAAAAUGACUGCAAAUUCUUUGAUUCAUCUAAAUCUGAAUUCAAAUGACAUUUCAAAAAUUGAUAGUGACGCAUUAUCAUUGCUAAGUAAUAUAUCGAUUCUGGAUCUUUCAUACAAUGUGUUUUCAAUAUUUCCUAGUAAUAUGGAAUCAAAUACAUUACAAGUUUUAGAUUUAAGUAUGGCUAGAUUGAUAAGAGUAACUAAUAGGACAUUUCAAGGAUUUCCUUUGCUUAACAAAUUAGAUUUGUCUGGCAAUCGUUUAACCAAAACAAUAAAAGUUUCAUACUUUAAAAAUAAUCCAUAUUUGCAAGAAAUUCGGCUCCAUGAUAAUCUUUGGGAAUGUGAUUGUAACGACAAAGAGUUUCAAGAACUUUAUAGUUAUUACAUGCAAAGACGCACGCCAGGAACAAGAUUAAAAGAAAUACCACAAUGCGGACAUCCCAUUAAUUCAUUUGAAAACACUUGGGGUCAAUUUUGUAAGCACGUGUGGUCUGUAAAAGCAAAUAUGGGUCUACCAGAAAAAAUUUGGGUCAUAAUAUUUUCAGCAAUUCUUGUAUUUGUGGGUUGCUUAUGCUUAUAUACCCUAUUUAAACGUAUGUACAAAGGCUGUAAGAAAUCUUAUAAUCAGAGGAUUUUGAGAAGAAAUUUGAGUGAACAACGAGAAAUUCGACGGCAAAAUGACGAAAUGUUACAGCAACAAAACUUUCAAAAUGCUCCAACAGUAAACAUACGUGAAUCUAAUCCACCAUGUUAUGAAGAAGCUCUAUUAAUGCCAAAAAUCGAUCGUUCCAAAUCCAUGGAUCAAAUAAAUGUGUCAAAUAAACAAAAAAGAAAAACAUUACAUAGAACCAAUACUAAUGUGGACUUAGAAAAUGAAGAAAACUUAAUUAUCGGUCAUAGUCACUUUCUGAGUGAGGAACGACUUCUUGAUCGUAAUAAAGAACGGUUAGAAUCAAAUUUUGGUUAUGUUAGACGACAUCAAGCUAGACCUUCAGAUGGUUCGCAUUUAAAUGCAAAUCAAAUAAAUUAUGAUUCAAAAUUUCCUCCAGCUCAUAUGAAAUCACAAAAUUUACAAAGUGCUGAAUAUAUUGCGGUAAUAAAAAAUUCCCGUACUAGUCCCUACAGUUCAAGAAAAUGGAAAAUGCAUGCUGAUUCCAUUUCAUUUGCUAGUAUUUCCGAUGAUGAGAUAGGUGUUCAUAGGACAUCAAUUGGACAUAGCAAAAAUGGUGGCGAAGUAGAUAGUUUAGGACAUCGAAGAACCAGUCCUUACUCUAGAAGGCGACCGCGUGGUGUAUCGGUUUCGCAAUUAUCAAUUUCACGAGAAAAUAUAUAUGACGAGAAACCAUCUGAACCGGAAAAUGUUCCCGAUUUAGCACAACCGAAUAAACAUGUAGUUUUGGUUGAAAAUCAUUUCAGAGAUGAAAGUAAAAAGAAAAACGGCAAUUUAUCAACAGAUACGAUUAAAUCUUCUAUUUCUUCAGAUUUUGAUAAACUUCAAAUUCCGUCAAAGGAGCAAUCUAUUCAAAGCUUGCCAUCUGAUACUGAUAACAACGGGGGAAUUGUUAUAGUCAAUUUACCCACUAAAGAAAGUAAAUUUUAAAAGCAGAUUCAUAGUCAAAAGCAGAUUGAUAUAGACAUAAUUAGUUCUGCAAAAAUAUUAGGUUUUAUAAUUUUGUAAGUUCAAGCGUUAUUAUUAUUGUUAAAGCUAAUUUUAUUAUAAAUGCAAU